CCUGAGCUCGAGGAGAGAGUGCAGCUCCGUCAUCCUCUUUGCAGAGAGAGUCAGAGGAGGGCGGGCGAGGGAGGAGCGUGAGCAGGCGGCUGAGCCAAUGGGAGACGAGGAGCGCGCGGCAGCACAACAAUAGUGGGCUGCUCCUGUAGCUGCGGACUCACAGAGACAGAGAGAGCGCUCAGAGGAACACACAGACGCUCUGUGAACCAGCUGCAGGCAGAUCACAGCUGGCCUUUACGCACAGGCGUUACAGGCUGCUCACUUUUGUUUUCCCUCUUUCUCUCCGAGGCCACCGAACCUCACGAAACCACAAAAUUGCCACAUAUUGAGGCAGGAGCAUUCUAAGCAUUUUUGUGGUUAUUGCAUUGGAUUUGGUCCAUAUGUUGGCUUGAGGAGUGUGUCCACAGACAUUCGGACUGUUUUUUUUUCUUCUGUUUUGUUGUUGUCGUCUGGGGUCCGCUCUGUGAGAGUCACUGCCUGGACACAGAGGCAGCUCAUUUGACCGGAGUGGACUUUGGCAGACUUUGUGGACGCUUGGCCGGAGGUCUCGCCUCCGUCAGAAACUUUUGCUGAUAUUUUUCGAUCGGCGCGGGGGGGGGUUGCUCCGUCCCCAAAGGAAGGAGCCCCAGAACAUUUGUGUGCGUGCGAGUCCUGGUUUGCACUGGGGGAUGCCUCUGGAUGUGGUGAUCGCCCCAGCAGAGGACUGCUUUUGGCCAGACCUGCAGGACACAGACAUGAGGCUGAAGAUCAGGGUCCGCCGGAUGAAGGAGGGGAGAGAACUCCGAGGAGGCUUUGCUGCUUUCUCCUCCUGUUUCCCCGGCCUGUGUGAAGGGAAGCCUGCCAAUGCUCUGCCCAUGAGCUUGUCCCAGCCCUGUUUGCCAGUGGCUAAUGUAGGGCCCACUCGCAUCCUGCCACACCUCUACCUGGGUUCACAGAAAGACGUCCUCAACAAGGACCUGAUGGUUCAGAAUAGCAUCACCUAUGUGCUGAAUGCCAGCAACACCUGCCCCAAGCCAGAUUUCAUCAGCGAGAGCCACUUCAUGCGCAUCCCCGUAAACGACAAUUACUGCGAGAAGCUGCUUCCAUGGCUGGACAAAACCAACGAAUUCAUCGACAAAGCAAAGGUGUCAAACUGCAGAGUCAUUGUGCACUGCCUGGCUGGGAUCUCUCGCUCAGCGACCAUUGCGAUCGCAUACAUCAUGAAGACAAUGGGCUUGUCGUCAGAUGACGCCUACAGGUUCGUGAAGGACAGGAGACCGUCCAUAUCCCCAAACUUUAACUUCCUGGGUCAGUUGCUGGAGUUUGAGAAGGGUCUGCGAUUGCUCAAAGCUUUAACCGCCGACGACAAGAACUCUGAAAACAACACCAAGCAAAACUCCGAGGUCAACGGGGUCUCGGGUUUCGAGGUGAACGGUCACCACGACCCGUCUGCGGCCGAAACGCACGUCCCGCCGGAGCCCAAGCUGCCCUCGCCCACCUCCCUCCAGCAGGGCUUCAACGGCCUGCACCUCUCCGCCGAGAGGAUCAUGGACACUAACCGGCUCAAGCGCUCCUUCUCCCUGGACAUCAAGUCCGUCUACUCCCCCAACAGCCCCCGCUGCCCUGGCCUGGCGCCCGCCCACUCCGAAGACGUCCCCAAGCUUUGCAAGCUGGACAGCCCGGGAACCAGCCCCUCCAACGGCGUCUGCUCCCCGUCGCCCGUCCUGGACAGCCCCAGCUCCGAUUCGCCGUUCCCCUCGCCGGGCGGCGGCGGCAGCAUCGGGGGGCUGGGCUUCUGCGGGGGGGAGGCGGUCCACCGGUCCGGUGGCUCGUCCAGGUCCAGGAGGAAAAACAAGCACAGCGGCUCGCCCAUCCACUCCCAGCCCACCAACCCCCCCCAGUCCCUCAGCCUGCUGCUGGACCACAAGAGCCCCGGCCUGGACGAGAAGCUGAAGGGCUCGCUGCUCCUGGCGCUGCCCUCCCUGCCCUCGCUGGGGUCCGGCGCCAUGUGGACCAAACACAGAGACACUGUCCAGGCCACCACGCCCGUCACCCCCGUCACCCCCACCACGGACGCCCCGUGGCACUUCGGGGCCGAGGAGGGCGUGGAGGGCGAGAUGGAGCUGGGGGGAGGGGACGGGCGCGGCGGGGAGUCGUCGCUGAGGUUCGGGAGCAGCUCGGCCUACGUGGCGUUCGGCUGCAGCGAGGGCGUGCGGUUACGAGACAAGCCCCAGAGGGAGAAGCUGCCGGGCCCGCAGGCGCAGAGGGAGCACCGCGACGCCGCCUCGUCCCCGCCGGCGCCCCCCGCCCCGGAGAAGCAGUUCAAGCGCCGCAGCUGCCAGAUGGAGUUCGAGGAGGGCAUCUCCGAGACCAGGUCCAGGGAGGAGCUGGGCAAGAUCGGGAAGCAGUCCAGCUUCUCGGGGAGCAUGGAGAUCAUCGAGCUUCACCCCGCCUCCAGAGAAGCUCCGAAAACCACGCACGCACGGCUUUGUCCGCCCCGACGGCGUAUAACAGCCACCGACGACAAUAAUGGACCCCCCCCCCCCUCAGCAGCGCCCCCCACCACCACAGCACAAAGGGAUCCGAAAGGACUAAACCGCGUUCGCCACCAAGACGGAUCCCCCCUGGCAUUCUGGCCAUUUAACAAACUGACGGUGGGCAGCGCGUACCCCCCCUCCAAAGCACAGUGCGUCCCCCCCGACUCUGGCCCCCCUCUCGUUUCCAGUGUUAGCAGCACGAUGGGACUGAGACUCUGGGAUGCUCCCCCAAAACCCCCAUCCAGCCGAACCCAGCCCUCCACCUCUGGUCACCAGUGA